AUGUCUCCACAACCUCUCAGCAUCAUCGGCGCAGGCCUAGGAGGUGUCACGCUCGGAAAAGCUCUUCUGGAGAGAGGCAUUCCGGUUGUGCUGUAUGAUCGUGCGAGUUCAGCAUCUCGACAUGGCUACGGAAUUAGUCUGCACGCGUCUACCUACAAGCCAUUGUUGAACAUGCUCAAGAUGGACGAGCAAACGUUCAGAAAGAGUGUGGCUGUCGAUGCUGCAGUGGGUGGAAAUGGCGCUAUCGAUCCUAAGAAGUUGAUUUGUCCACGCGACGUGACUUCUUCAUCAUUCCGUGCCCAUCGCGAGAGGCUGGAAAAGCUGAUACGUCAGGGACUGGAUAUCAAGUGGGAGUCUGGACUGGAGAAGCUGGAGCAGACGCCGAACGGCACAACUCUGUACUUGCAAAAUGGCAACAGCAUCGAGGGUCAGAUAUGCGUUGUUGGCGCAGAUGGCGUCCAUUCAACUACAAGAAAAUCUAUCUUGAGAGAGGCUGGUCUCGAAGUUCUACCCUUCGUCACCUUCAACGGAAAGAGGAAAGUGAGCAGGAUUACUUUCGAUGACAUUUACGCCCCGAUCUUGAGAGAAUCCAACGUCAUUGAGAUUCACAACAAAGGCGCCUUGUUGCAGGUCUCUGUCAACGACAUCACAGCUGAGCAAGCCAGUGUCAGUUGGAUAUAUUCACGUCCAGCCAAGGGUUCCAGUGACCGCUGCUUCAAACCAAAUCGAACAUUAUCGGAUGCCUCUGAAAUUCCCAAGGAGUUCUAUGAGGAAGUUACUGCUCUCAAAGACCUUCCUCAACCAUUCUCUGAAAUUUUCGACGAGCAGAAGAUGCAGCAUGACCGAACUCUGACCUGGUUGAUGCGAGCGUCAAAGGUCGACCUCCCUCAACUAUAUCAACUCGCGUCCAAUGGUAUCUUCCUUAUGGGUGACUCUGCUCACUCACAGGCAAUUCUUGGCGGUGAGGGCGCGAACAUUGCAAUAUCUGACGGGUUGACGCUUGCCGAAGCAAUUGCUGCGCAGAACGGCGAGACCAUUACUUCAUGGUACAGCAAACGUUUUCCGGCCUGGCAGCAGAGUCUGGAGACGAGCAAGACGACGAUCGAGGAGAUGCACGGAGAACAGGCUCCCAAAUCAAAAGUCUAG